CACACUGAAGAGAAAACAGAAGGAUUUUCUGAUUUCUCCUGAGGAGCUGCAAAUAACCCUCGGAGAAGGAUGGCAGAGGGAGAGGGGGGAGAUGAAGAGAUACAGUUCCUACGGACGGAAGACCAAGUUGUGCUCCAGUGCACCGCGACUGUUCUGAAGGAGCAGAUCAAACUAUGCCUUUCCUGUGAAGGCUUUGGGAACCGUCUGUGCUUUCUAGAGACAACGUCAAAUGCCCAGAAUGUGCCGCCUGAUCUGGCAAUCUGUGCCUUUGUACUGGAGCAGUCGCUGUCAGUACGAGCCCUGCAGGAGAUGCUGGCCAACACUGUGGAGAUGAACGAGGUGAGAGUCUCCAUGAAGGAGAGAGAAACCGUCUCUUUAAGGACUGCUAUGGCCAUAUUACAUCAAGAGGGCCACAUGGAUGAUGCACUGACUUGCUCUCGCUCUCAGAUGGAAGAGUCUCAGGCUGCUCGUAUGAUCUACAGCACCACAGGCCUUUUUACACAGUUUAUCAAAGGUCUGGACUCUUUGAGUGGGAAGAACAAAUCCCCCGGUCCGGUGUCCCUGCCAUUGGAUGGAGUGAUCCUGUCCUUGCAGGAUCUGAUCCAUUACUUCCGGCCUCCAGAGGAGGAGCUGGAACACGAGGAGAAACAGACCAAGCUGCGCUCGCUACGCAACCGACAGAACCUCUUCCAAGAAGAGGGGAUGAUCACCAUCGUGCUGGAGUGUAUCGACCGCCUGAAUGUCUACAACACUGCUGCACACUUCUCUGAGUUUGCCGGAGAGGGAAUCCUGGAAUCCUGGAAAGAGAUUGUCAACCUGCUCUAUGAACUGCUUGCAUCGCUGAUUAGAGGAAACCGUUCUAACUGUGCUCUGUUUUGCGAUAACCUUGACUGGCUGGUUAGUAAACUGGAUCGUCUGGAAGCUUCUUCAGGCAUCCUAGAGGUGCUGUAUUGUGUUUUGAUUGAAAGUCCUGAAGUCUUGAACAUCAUUCAGGAGAAUCACAUCAAGUCUAUCAUUUCUCUCUUGGACAAGCACGGUCGAAACCAUAAGGUUUUAGAUGUAUUGCGUUCUCUGUGUGUGUGUAACGGUGUCGCUGUGAGGUCCAAUCAAAACCUCAUCACAGAAAAUCUGCUUCCGGGCCGUGACCUCCUGCUGCAGACUAACAUCGUUAACUAUGUAUCAAGCGUGAGGCCCAAUAUCUUCUUGGGGACUUGUGAAGGCUCUACACAGUAUAAGAAGUGGUACUAUGAGGUGAUGGUAGACUAUGUGGAACCAUUUGUGGCAGCUCAGGCUACCCAUCUGCGUGUUGGCUGGGCUCUGACUGAGGGCUUCAGUCCAUACCCAGGAGGAGGAGAGGGUUGGGGUGGCAAUGGUGUGGGUGAUGACCUAUAUUCUUAUGGUUUUGAUGGCCUUCAUUUGUGGUCAGGUCAUGUGUCACGUCAGGUUGCUUCGCCCAACCAGCACAUCCUGGCAGCAGAUGAUGUUGUGAGCUGCUGUCUGGAUCUGAGUGUGCCCAGUAUCUCCUUCCGUAUCAAUGGCCAUCCAGUCCAGGGAAUGUUUGAGAACUUUAACGUAGACGGCCUCUUCUUUCCCGUCAUUAGCUUCUCUGCUGGAGUGAAAGCUCGCUUCCUUUUGGGUGGUCGCCAUGGGGAUUUCAAGUUUUUGCCCCCUCCUGGUUACACACCAUGUUAUGAAGCUCUUCUCCCCAAAGACAGAAUGCGCAUCGAGCCCAUUAAGGAGUAUAAACAUGACUUUAAUGGAGUCAGAAACCUGCUGGGCCCCACACAGUCCCUUACACACACUUCAUUCACUCCCUGUCCUGUUGACACUGCCCAGAUUGUUCUACCUCCUCAUUUGGAGCGGAUCAGAGAGAAGCUUGCAGAAAACAUCCAUGAGCUCUGGGCUGUGACUCGUAUUGAGCAGGGUUGGACCUACGGAGUGUUCAGGGAUGAUAAUAAGAAGUUGCACCCGUGUCUGGUGGACUUUCAGAAUCUUCCAGAACCCGAGAGGAAUUAUAACCUCCAGAUGUCUGGAGAGACCUUGAAAACCCUCUUAGCUUUGGGCUGCCAUGUAGGCAUGGGAGAUGAGAAAGCUGAGGAGAAUCUGAAGAAAAUCAAAUUGCCCAAAACUUAUGUGAUGAGCAGUGGGUACAAACCAGCUCCACUAGACCUCAGUCACGUCAAACUGACACCCAAUCAGAACCAGUUGGUGGAGAAGUUGGCAGAAAAUGGGCAUAAUGUUUGGGCACGGGACAGAGUGAGACAAGGAUGGACCUACAGCAUUUUGCAGGACAUUUUGAAUAAGCGUAACCCUCGUCUGGUACCUUACAACCUGCUGGAUGAGAAAACCAAGAAGACCAACAGAGACAGUGUGAACAAUGCUGUGCGCACUCUGAUUGGCUAUGGAUACAACAUCGAGCCCCCAGAUCAGGAGAGCAGUGGUCUUGGUGUUGAGAACGCACGUGGAGAUAAAGUGCGUAUCUUCAGGGCAGAGAAGCAGUAUGCUGUUACCUCAGGAAAAUGGUACUUUGAGUUUGAGGCCGUAACCACAGGAGAGAUGAGAGUUGGCUGGGCUCGACCGAACGUCCGCUCUGACGUUGAGCUUGGUUCUGAUGAGCUGGCCUAUGUCUUUAAUGGAAACAGGGCUCAGCGAUGGCACAUUGGUAAUGAGCCAUUUGGCCGUCAAUGGCAGUCUGGUGAUGUGGUCGGGUGCAUGAUAGACCUCAUUGAAAUGAACAUCAUGUUCACUCUUAAUGGAGAGAUGCUGAUCAGUGAUUCUGGCUCUGAAAUGGCCUUCAAAGACAUUGAGAUUGGAGACGGUUUUAUUCCAGUCUGCACUUUGGGUCUUUCUCAGGUUGCCCGUAUUAACCUGGGUCAGAAUGUUAGCAGCCUACGCUACUUCGCCAUCUGUGGGCUCCAAGAAGGCUUUGAGCCAUUCGCCAUCAACAUGAAGAGAGACAUCACAAUGUGGUUCAGUAAGAGCCUCCCCCAGUAUGUUCCAGUGCCCACGGACCACAACCACAUUGAGGUCUCUCGUGUGGAUGGAACCGUAGACAGCGCCCCCUGUAUUAAAAUAACCCACAAGACUUUUGGAUCCCAAAAUGCCAACACAGACAUGCUGUUCUUCAGACUGAGCAUGCCUGUAGAGUUCCACCUGACCUUCAUGGUGACUGCAGGCACUACUCCCCUCACACGAACCCUCACCAUCCCUGAAGAAGAGGUGCUGGAGGUGGACCCCGACUCUGACUUUGAGGUGCUGAAGAAGUCAGCCAGUCGCAAAGAGCAGGAGGAGAAGGAAAAGGAGCCAUCCAUGCCCAAAGAUAUCCCAAGCAAUAAGGAAAAUGACAAAGACACUGCAUCCGAGAAAGGAAAGAAGAAAGGCUUCCUGUUUAAAGCUAAAAAGGCAGCCAUGAUUGCUCCUCCUCCACCUCCACCUAUUAUGCCCCGUUUGUUUGAAGAUGUGGUGCCUGACGAUCGUGAUGACCCAGAGAUCAUCCUCAAUACAACCACAUACUAUUACUCAGUCCGUAUCUUCGCCGGUCAAGAACCUAGUGGGGUAUGGGUGGGUUGGGUCACCCCAGACUUCCACAUGUAUGACCUCAACUAUGACCUGUCUAAGGUCCGCACUGUCACUGUCACUGUUGGAGACGACAAGGGCAAUAUACAUGACAGUAUAAAGAGGAGUAACUGCUAUAUGGUGUGGGGAGGAGAGUUUGGCAGCAGCACCCAGCAGAGGUUUAGCCAGGAGGAUCUGGUGAUUGGUUGUUUGGUUGACCUGGCAACAGGUCUCAUGAAUUUCACAGCCAAUGGGAAAGAGAUCAACACUUUCUACCAGGUGGAGCCCAACACUAAGUUAUUUCCAGCUGUGUUUGUUUUGCCGACCAGCCAGAACAUGCUGCAGCUGGAACUCGGAAAACUCAAGAAUAUCAUGCCUCUUUCGGCAGCCAUGUUCCGUAGUGAGCGCAAUAACCCGGUGCCCCAGUGUCCUCCUCGGCUGGAUGUUGAGAUGCUGACCCCUGUGAUCUGGAGCCGGAUGCCUAACCACUUCCUGAAUCCAAAAGUGGGGCGGGUGAGCGAGAGGCACGGCUGGAUGGUGGAAUGUACAGAGCCUCUCACCAUGAUGGCUCUGCAUAUACCUGAAGAGAACAGGUGUAUCGACAUCCUGGAACUGUCUGAACGGCAUGACUUGCUGAAGUUCCACUAUCACACUCUCAUGCUUUAUUGUGCUGUGUGUGCAUUGGGCAACAACCGUGUGGCCCAUGCCCUCUGCAGCCACGUGGACGAAUCACAGCUCUUCUACGCUAUCGAGAACACCUACCUGCCCGGCCCUCUUCGCAGUGGCUACUACGACUUUCUCAUCGGUAUCCACCUGGAGUCAGCCAAACGCAACCGCUUGGGAACCAAUCGUGAGUUUAUUGUUCCCAUGACAAAAGAGACGCUCAGCAUCACGCUUUUCCCUGAUGCAGAAGCGGCCCAUGACCUGCCAGGUGUAGGUCUCACGACCUGCCUCAGACCCAAGCUACACUUCUCCCCCAUCAACUUUGUGGGUACUGACCCAGAUCUGUACACCAUAAGCCCCAUCAUUCCUUUGCAGGAACUGAAGACCAAGGCUCUAAGCAUGCUUACUGAAGCUGUGUUCGAUGGCAGCCAGGCCAUGCGUGAUCCUGUUGGGGGCAGCGUUGAGUUUCACUUCGUUCCUAUUCUCAAACUAAUCAGCACCCUCCUCAUAAUGGGCAUCUUCAACGAUGAAGAUGUCAAGCACAUUCUCAAGAUGAUCGAUCCCAAUGUGUUCGGAAAGAAAGAGGAGGCAGGGGAGACAGAGGAACCAGAAGAGGAAACUGCUCCCAAGGAGGAAGGAGAGGAGGUGAAAGAGAAAGAAGAAGCGGCUGAAGGAGAAGAGGAAGCCGUGGAUGAGGGAGUUGGGGAGGAGGAGGAGGAGGAUGAGGAGCUGAAAGCUCUGAAGAAGGAGAUGGGACAGGAAGGAGAAGAGGUUGAGAAGGCAGUAGAGGAGGAGGAGGGAGAGAAGGUGGAUGGAGAAAAAGCCGGGGAGGAAAAGGAGGCAGAAGAAGUAGGCGAGGAGGCCAAAGAGGAGGAAGAGGAGGCUCCAGAGGAGGGACUACUUCAAAUGAAGCUGCCGGAGUCUGUCAAACUGCAGAUGUGUACCCUUCUACAGUAUUUCUGUGACUGUGAGCUCAGACACAGAGUUGAGGCAAUUUUGGCAUUCUCUGAUCAAUUUGUACAGCAGAUCCAGUCAAACCAGCGUGAACGAUACAAUGACCUAAUGAGAGCAUUUACAAUGUCUGCUGCAGAGACCGCUCGCAGGACCAGAGAGUUUCGCUCUCCUCCACUGGAACAGGUUUUCCUGUUGACUAACUUCAAGCACAGUCCAGAAGAAGAGGAUUGCCCUGUGCCAGAGGAAGUGCGGGAAUCCCUCCAGAAUUUCCACAAUGAGCUGCUGAAUCACUGUGGUGUCCACAUAGAAGAAGAAGCAGAGGAGGAAGAGGUAGAGGCAUCUCUGAGAGGGAGACUGGUCAGUUUAGUGGAGAAGAUCAAGACCUUUAGGAAGAAAAAGGAGGAAGAGGAGCCAGAACCAGAGGAAGAGCCCAAACCUAGUACUUUACAGGAACUGAUAUCCCACACAAUGAUCCACUGGGCACAGGAGUCCUUUAUUCAGAACCCUGAGCUGGUGCGGCUCAUGUUCAGUCUUCUUCAUCGGCAGUAUGACGCUCUGGGAGAGUUGAUCCGCGCCCUGCCAAAGGCCUAUGCCAUCCACGCUGUGUCCAUACAGGACACAAUGGACCUGCUGGAGUGCCUGGGACAGAUCCGUUCCCUUCUCAUCGUCCAGAUGGGCCCGGAAGAGGAGAGGCUUAUGAUUCAGAGCAUUGGGAACAUCAUGAACAACAAGUUGUUCUACCAGCACCCUAACCUGAUGCGAGCUCUGGGCAUGCAUGAGACGGUCAUGGAGGUUAUGGUCAAUGUACUGGGAGGUGGAGGAGACUCUAAGGAAAUACGAUUCCCACAAAUGGUUACCAGUUGCUGUCGCUUCCUGUGCUACUUCUGCAGGAUCAGCCGUCAGAACCAGCGUUCCAUGUUUGACCACCUCUCAUACCUGCUGCAGAACAGUGGCAUUGGACUCGGAAUGCGUGGAUCUACUCCUUUGGAUGUUGCUGCUGCAUCUUGCAUUGACAACAAUGAGCUGGCACUGGCUCUGCAAGAGCAAGACCUUGAGAUGGUGGUGACGUAUCUGGCUGGAUGCGGCCUUCGAAUGUGCCCCAUGCUUCUGUCUAAAGGCUACCCUGACAUCGGAUGGAAUCCAGGUGGAGGAGAGAGAUAUCUGGACUUCCUACGUUUUGCUGUGUUUGUAAAUGGUGAGAGCGUAGAGGAGAACGCCAACGUGGUUGUUCGUCUGUUGAUUCGUCGGCCUGAGUGCUUCGGCCCCGCACUGAGAGGAGAGGGUGGUGCAGGUCUGUUAGCUGCCAUCGAAGAGGCCAUUAAGAUCUCUGAGGACCCUGCCAGAGAUGGGCCAACGACUAAAAAGGACAGACGUUUCAUGUUUGGAGGGGAGGAGCAACAUGAAGAGAACAGAGUACAUCUUGGAAAUGCUAUCAUGUCAUUUUACUCUGCUCUUAUUGACUUGCUGGGUCGCUGUGCUCCUGAGAUGCAUUUGAUCCAAGCAGGUAAAGGUGAAGCUUUGAGAAUCAGAGCUAUCUUGAGGUCUCUCGUACCCAUUGAAGACCUGGUGGGAGUCAUUAGCCUUCCAGUUCAGAUCCCCACCUUUGGCAAAGAUGAUCAGAUUGUUGAGCCAAAAAUGUCAGCGAGUUUCGUGCCAGACCACAAAGCCUCCAUGGUGCUUUUCUUGGACAGAGUGUAUGGCAUUGAUAACCAGGACUUCCUUUUGCAUGUGCUAGAGGUGGGCUUCCUGCCCGAUAUGAGAGCCUCAGCCUCCCUAGAUACGGUGGCAUUCAGCACCACAGAGAUGGCACUGGCUCUAAACCGUUACCUGUGCUCAGCUGUGCUUCCUCUGCUCACAAAGUGUGCCCCACUGUUCGCUGGCACAGACCACCGAGCCAUCAUGAUCGACUCAAUGCUGCACACCAUCUACAGACUGUCCCGUGGCCGUGCCCUUACCAAGGCCCAGAGGGACGUCAUAGAGGACUGCCUUAUGUCUCUUGUCAAGUAUUUGCGGCCAUCUAUGUUGCAGCAUCUGUUGAGAAGGCUGGUGUUUGAUGUGCCAAUCUUAAACGAGUAUGCCAAGAUGCCCCUCAAGUUGUUGACCAAUCACUAUGAGCGCUGCUGGAAGUAUUAUUGCCUGCCAAAUGGAUGGGCGAACUUUGGAGUCACAUCAGAGGAAGAGCUGCAUCUCUCUCGCAAACUCUUCUGGGGCAUCUUUGAGUCCCUCGCACACAAGAAAUUUGAUGCAGAGCUGUUUAAGAUCGCCAUGCUCUGCAUCUGUGCCAUUGCGGGUGCCAUCCCUCCAGACUAUGUGGAUGCUAGCUAUUCAUCUAUGACUGAGAAGAAAGCAUCUGUCGACGCUGAGGGAAACUUUGACCCCAAACCAGUGGAGACAACAAACACCAUAAUUCCUGAGAGACUCGAUACCUUCAUUAACAAAUAUGCUGAGCACACGCAUGAUAAAUGGGCCUUUGAGAAGAUCCAAAACAACUGGACAUAUGGUGAGGUUCUAGAUGAGAACAGCAAAACUCACCCCAUGCUGCGCCCAUACAAGACUUUCUCAGAGAAGGAUAAAGAGAUCUAUCGCUGGCCCAUUAAAGAGUCCAUCAAGGCCAUGCUGGCAUGGGAAUGGACUCUGGAGAAAGCCAGAGAUGGAGAAACUGAGAAAACUGAAGUGAAGGCCACCAGGAAGAUCUCCCAGACUGCUCAGGCCACCUAUGAUCCCAGCCAGGGAUACUCUCCCCAGCCAGUGGAACUGACAGGCAUGGCCUUGUCCAGAGAGCUACAGUCCAUGGCAGAGCAGCUUGCUGAGAAUUACCAUAACACUUGGGGCCGCAAGAAAAAGAUAGAGCUGCAAGCCAAGGGUGGUGGCACCCAUCCUUUGUUGGUACCAUAUGAUACAUUGACGGCCAAAGAGAAGACAAGAGACAGAGAGAAAGCCCAAGACCUGCUCAAAUUCCUUCAGUUAAAUGGAUACGCUGUCACCAGAGGUUUGAAGGACAUGGAACAGGAGAUUUCCUCCAUUGAGAAGCGUUUCGCUUAUGGGUUCCUGCAGAAGCUGUUGAAGUGGAUGGAGAUUGCCCAGGAGUUUAUUGCACAUCUUGAGGCUGUUGUGAGCAGUGGAAGAGUCGAGAAAUCCCCUCACGAACAGGAGAUUAAAUUCUUUGCCAAGAUUCUACUUCCACUGGUAAACCAGUACUUUAAGAAUCACUGCCUGUAUUUUCUGUCCACACCUGCUAAAGUCCUGGGCAGUGGUGGUCAUGCCUCUAACAAAGAGAAGGAGAUGAUUGCUAGUAUCUUCUGUAAGUUGGCCGGUCUGGUGAGACACAGGGUUUCCCUCUUUGGCACUGAUGCCUCAGCAGUGGUCAACUGUCUCCAUAUUCUUUCCCGCUCACUGGAUGCCAGAACUGUGAUGAAAUCUGGGCCUGAGAUUGUGAAGGCUGGUCUGCGCUCUUUCUUUGAGAGUGCUGCCGAUGAUAUUGAGAAGAUGGUUGAGAACCUUAAACUGGGGAAAGUGUCUACCAAAAACCAGGUGAAAGGUGUAUCUCAGAACAUUAGCUACACCACCACUGCUCUUCUGCCAGUGCUCACCUCUCUGUUCGACCACAUCGCCCAGCACCAGUUUGGAGAUGAUGUCAUGUUGGAUGACUUGCAGAUAUCCUGUUACCGUAUCAUGUGCAGUAUCUAUUCCCUGGGCACUGUAAAGACCCCUCAUGCUGAGAACCAAAGACCAGCUCUAGGAGAAUGUCUGGCUCAUCUGGCUGCUGCCAUGCCUGUUGCAUUUCUGGAGCCUCUCCUCAACGAGUUCAACACAUACUCAGUGUACACUACCAAAACCCCACGAGAGAGAACAAUCCUGGGUCUGCCCAGUCAAGUGCAGGAACUGUGUCUGGACAUCCCUGAGCUGGACCUGUUGAUGAAAGAGAUCGGGCAUCUGGCAGAGUCUGGGGCCCGUUACACAGAGAUGCCCCACGUGAUUGAGAUCACCCUGCCCAUGCUGUGCAACUAUCUGCCCCGCUGGUGGGAGAGAGGACCAGAGAACUUCCCAGAGCAGGAAGACCUUCUGUGCACGGAUGUCACCUCGGAACAACUCAAUCAGCUCCUGGGUAGCAUCAUGAAGAUUGUCGUCAAUAAUCUGGGCAUUGAUGAAGCUUCCUGGAUGAAGAGAUUGGCAGUGUUUGCUCAGCCCAUUGUGAGCAGGGCAAAGCCUGAGAUGCUCAAGUCCCACUUCAUCCCCACCAUGGAGAAGCUGAAGAAACGUUGUGGAAAGGUGGUGGCCGAGGAGGAUCAGCUGCGUAUGGAGGGGAAGGGAGAGGUGGACAGUGAGCAGGGAACCAUUCGUGAUGAGUUUGCUGUGCUCUGCAGGGAUCUGUAUGCUCUUUACCCGCUACUCAUCCGAUACGUGGACAAUAACAGGGCGAGGUGGUUGACCUGUCCUGACCCUGAUGCUGAGGACCUCUUCAGGAUGGUUGGAGAAGUCUUUAUCUUCUGGUCCAAAUCUCACAAUUUCAAACGCGAGGAGCAGAAUUUUGUGGUGAUGAAUGAGAUCAACAACAUGUCCUUCCUCACUGCUGACAGCAAAAGCAAGAUGAGCAUGGCCGGAGACGGAGAGGGUGGAGGCUCAGAUGUUGAGCGGGCCAAGAAGAAGCGCCGUGGGGACCGUUAUUCCGUUCAGACUUCGCUGAUUGUAGCGGCCCUGAAGAAACUGCUCCCCAUCGGCCUCAACAUGUGCUCCCCUGCAGACCAAGAGCUCAUAAACAUGGCCAAGAUCCGCUACUCUCUGAAAGACACAGACGAAGAAGUGAGGGAGUUUCUGCAGAAUAACCUGCAUUUACAGGGAAAGGUAAGAUGCAUUGUAUGUACUUGUAUAAUCCUUUUUGUCAACAGGGUAUCAUCACCACCCAAUUUCAAAUGGGUCACUUCGAUAAAUGUUCAACUCUACAGAGAACAAUUUCUUCCAUUUAUUGAGAAGGAAAUGGAAAAGCAGAGGCUUCUGUACCAGCAGUCCCGUCUACAUGACCGCGUAGCGGCUGAAAUGGUUCUGCAGAUGAUCGGUGCUUGCAAAGGUGAGACGGGAGCCAUGGUGUCCUCUACUCUCAAACUUGGCAUCUCCAUCCUCAAUGGUGGCAACAGUGAUGUUCAGCAGAGGAUGUUGGACUACCUGAAAGACAAGAAAGAUGUGGGCUUCUUCCUCAGCCUACAGGCUCUCAUGCAAACCUGCAGUGUUUUGGAUCUGAAUGCGUUUGAGAGACAGAAUAAGGCAGAGGGUCUUGGGAUGGUGUCAGAAGAGGGCUCAAAAGAGAAAGUGAUGGCGGAUGAUGAAUUCACUUGCGACAUUUUCCGCUUCCUGCAGCUGCUCUGUGAAGGCCACAACAACGAUUUCCAGAACUAUCUGCGCACACAGACAGGCAGCACAACUACGAUCAACAUCAUCAUCUGCACAGUUGACUAUCUGCUCAGACUGCAGGAGUCUAUCAGUGACUUCUACUGGUAUUACUCUGGGAAGGAUAUCAUUGAUGAACCAGGCAAGAGAAACUUUUCUAAGGCAAUGACGGUUGCUAAACAGGUUUUCAACAGCCUGACAGAGUAUAUCCAGGGUCCUUGCACUGGUAAUCAGCAGUCUCUGGCUCACAGCAGAUUGUGGGAUGCAGUGGUGGGCUUCUUGCAUGUGUUCGCACACAUGAUGAUGAAGCUAGCACAGGACUCCAGUCAGAUUGGUCUGUUGAAGGAGCUUCUGGAUCUGCAGAAGGACAUGGUGGUGAUGCUUCUCUCUCUAUUAGAGGGUAACAUUGUGAAUGGCACAAUCGCUCGCCAGAUGGUUGACAUGCUGGUUGAGUCAUCCAGCAACGUAGAGAUGAUUCUCAAGUUCUUUGACAUGUUCCUCAAACUGAAGGACAUUGUGGCAUCGGAUGCCUUCCGUGACUAUGUGACGGACCCUCGUGGCCUUAUCUCCAAGAAAGACUUCUCCAAGGCUAUGGACAGUCAGAAGCAGUACACUCCAUCUGAGAUCCAGUUCCUGCUGUCUUGCUCUGAAGCCGAUGAGAACGAGAUGAUCAAUUUUGAGGAGUUUGCCGAUCGCUUCCAAGAACCAGCCAAAGACAUCGGCUUCAACAUUGCUGUGCUACUCACCAACCUGUCUGAGCAUGUUCCUCAUGACACUCGCUUGCAGAACUUUUUGGAGCAAGCUGAGAGUGUGCUCAACUACUUCCGACCCUUCCUGGGCCGAAUCGAGAUCAUGGGUGCUGGCAAGAGGAUAGAACGUAUCUACUUUGAAAUCAGCGAGGCCAACCGCAACCAAUGGGAGAUGCCUCAGGUCAGAGAGUCAAAGCGGCAGUUCAUCUUUGAUGUCGUCAAUGAGGGUUGUGAGUCUGAGAAGAUGGAGCUCUUUGUGAACUUCUGCGAGGACACCAUUUUUGAGAUGAACAUUGCCUCGCAGAUCUCAGAGCAGGAAGAGGAGGUGAUCGAAGAUGAGGAUGAAGAAGAUGAGGAGGAGAGCAGUGGUGGCAGAAAUGGAGAGGGUGAAGGAGAAGAAGGGAAUGGAGAAGCAGCACCACCUGAAUCCAGCUCAGCCUUUGCAGACUUCAUCAAGAGCGUAAUGAACUUCAUCAGCCUCUUUACUUUCCGCAAUCUCAGACGCCGUUACCGCAAAAUCAGGAAAAUGACCAUAAAGGACAUGAUUGUUGGUCUGGUCAUGUUCCUCUAUACUGUCCUCUUUGGCAUCCUGCACUUCAUCUACAGCAUCUGCAGAGGUUUCUUCAUGCUCAUCUGGAACACUCUCUUCGGAGGAGGUCUGGUGGAGGGAGCUAAGAAGAUGACGUUGACAGAGAUCCUGACUAACAUGCCCGACCCAACUCAAGAUGAGGUGCACGAUGACCUUCCACCUGAGCCAGGAGCAAGAAAAGUACAAGAAUCAGGUGGAGCUGGUGAGGGAGAGGAGGGAACAGGAGGAGAGGAGGAAGCAGAAGAAGGAGAAGAGGAUGAUGGUGGAAGACCUGGUUUUGGUCCUCACGGCGGUUUAGGAGAUAUGGGAGAAACUGAGCCAGAGGAGCCUCCGACUCCAGAAGGCAGCCCACUGCUGAAGAGGAAGCUGGUGAGUGAAGAAGGAGAGGGAGAAGCAGUAGAAGAGGAGAAAGUAGAAGAAGAAGCAGCCCCUGAACCCGAAAAAGCAGAUGCUGAAAAUGGAGAAAAGGUCGAGAAGGAGGCAGAACCUGAGCCAGAGGAAAAAACAGAUGAAGAGCAAGAGGAGAAAAAAGCAAAGGCUAAAGCAAAGAAAGGCAAGAAGCAAGAAAAAGAGGGCUUUGAACUCUGGAAUGAACUUGAAGUCCAAAGAAACAAGUUCAUGAACUAUCUGUCUCGCAAUUUCUACAACCUGCGCUUCCUGGCUCUCUUCAUCGCCUUUGCACUCAACUUUAUUCUGCUCUUCUACAAGGUAUCUGCCAGCCCACGUGGAGAAGAGGAGGAGUUUGAGGGUUCGGCUAUGUUUGAUGGUUCUGGUGUAUUUGAGGGCUCUGCUGUGUUUGAAGGCUCUGGUGUGUUUGAGGGCUCUGGGAUCUUUGAGGGCUCUGCUGGAGAAGCCGAAGCUUCUGGAAUGGAGGAGAAUGGAGAGGAAGAUGAGGAAGAAGGGUUUGUCUACUUCUUCCUGGAGGAGAGCACUGGAUAUAUGGAACCCGCUAUGGCCUUCUUCUCUAUCUUACACUCCAUAAUUUCCUUCCUCUGUAUCAUCGGCUACAACUGUCUGAAGGUUCCUUUGGUCAUCUUUAAGAGAGAGAAGGAACUGGCCCGUAAACUGGAGUUUGACGGUCUGUACGUAACUGAACAACCAGAAGAUGACGACAUCAAGGGCCAGUGGGACAGACUUGUCCUCAAUACACCGUCUUUCCCGAACAACUACUGGGACAAAUUUGUGAAGAGAAAGGUGCUAGAGAAGUAUGGCGAUAUCUACGGUAGAGAAAGAAUCGCUGAGCUGCUCGGCAUGGAUCUAGCAUCCCUUGAUGUCAGUGCUAUGACACACGAGAAGAAGCCUCAGAUUGAUCCCUCAAUGUUCACAUGGUUGACAUCUAUUGAUAUCAAAUACCAAAUCUGGAAAUUUGGAGUGGUGUUCACUGAUAAUACGUUCCUGUAUCUGGUUUGGUAUCUGGUCAUGUCACUGCUUGGCCACUACAACAACUUUUUCUUCGCCUGUCAUCUGCUGGACAUCGCUAUGGGCGUCAAAACCCUGCGCACCAUCCUGUCCUCUGUAACUCACAAUGGCAAACAGUUGCUGAUGACGGUGGGUCUGCUGGCUGUGGUGGUCUACCUCUACACCGUGGUGGCCUUCAAUUUCUUCCGAAAGUUCUACAACAUGAGUGAGGAUGAAGACGAACCGGAUAUGAAGUGUGACGACAUGAUGACUUGUUAUCUGUUCCACAUGUACGUGGGUGUGCGAGCUGGUGGUGGUAUAGGAGACGAGAUCGAGGAUCCAGCCGGAGACGAGUAUGAACUUUAUCGUGUGGUCUUUGACAUCACUUUCUUCUUUUUUGUCAUUGUCAUCCUGCUGGCCAUCAUUCAAGGUCUGAUCAUUGAUGCCUUUGGUGAGCUGAGAGAUCAGCAGGAGCAGGUCCGAGAGGACAUGGAGACUAAGUGUUUCAUUUGUGGAAUUGGAAGCGACUACUUUGACUCGACUCCGCAUGGCUUCGAGACGCAUACGAUGGAGGAGCACAAUUUAGCCAACUACAUGUUCUUCCUGAUGUAUUUAAUCAAUAAAGAUGAAACGGAGCACACUGGACAGGAGUCCUAUGUAUGGAAAAUGUACCAGGAGCGAUGCUGGGACUUCUUCCCAGCUGGUGACUGUUUCAGGAAGCAAUAUGAAGAUCAACUUGGCUAAUUCUACAGCCUUGAAAGUGUGUGUUUGUGUACAAUUUUAUUUCAGGAAUGAGGGUCAAAGAGGAAAUUGUGAAAAAUAGGAAGGGAACAAGAGAUAAAAGACCGACUGUAGCCUUGAUUUGACUCUCACAACCCUCAUCUUUAGCCAACACAUCACACAGACCACACAAACCCACUCAUAAUACUAAAACCCUUUGAUUUCCCUGUUUGACUAAACACGAGAGAAAAAGAGCUAAGACUGAGCAUCAAAAGAACGUUUUUUAAACUGUAUAUACACACUACAUGGCCUUUACCUAUCCACUAAGGACUUUUUAAAUCACAUCAAACCAAAAUGAACAAACACCCCUAAACAAAGCCUUCUUUUCCUCUCUGUUUUGUCUGUCACUAUCAAUCUAAAAAAUCUCAGUGCCUAAUGUUAAAUCUUAACAGUAGUGAGGAUUUAAGUGUGAUUUUAUUGAUAGUCCGUAGUGAUCUUUUUAUGUGUAGAGUAGCUGUCUAGAUCUUUUAAUUUUAGCAUAUAUAAAUAAAGCUUUAUUUAUGUUUAUUUAUUCACGUAUACCACAGAAAUAUAGCCAUAUGAGUGGUAGCAUCCUGCUCUGUGACUAUACAGAGCAUUUUGACAAAUAUCAAGCCAGGCUUUUUCCCUGGCGCAUCGAGCGAAUGUGAGAAUGCAUGCAACCGAAAUAUCUUAAUACCAUUUUAUUCUCGAGAGGAAAGUAUUACAACCCCGGUAUUUCUCUCCCGCCUCUGUUUCAAGUUUCAGAGAAUUACGAAUGGUCUCUUGAGAAGUUUUAACUUUGUAAAAAUGUGAAACCACCUGUUUUGCACUCUAGAGUCUUAUAAUGGGACGCUGUAUCCAUGCCAAGCACACACUUCCAUGGAGUCCUGCUACACACUGCUGUAUUACUAAUAUAGAGAGGUGGAGAGAGUUUGUGGGUCAUUCGUUUUAUUAAAAACAUCCUCUCUAGAUUUACAAGACCAUGUCCUUUUACUCUGAUUAUGGGAAAGAAGUACUAUCAUGACUAUAUGCACAGUAUUAUUUAUGUUGCUAUACUGUCAGUUAAGACAUCGACGUGAACUAUGCUGUGCCAUUCAGAUAGCAAGACUCUAACUUCAUUUAUCCACUUAAAUACAUAGAUGAUAUAUUUUUGUUGGAGAUCUAAAUAAUUAAGAUACUCUGAACUCAUUGUGUCACAAGUGAGUAUUUAUUAUGUAC